GCCUUGCAACAACCGCGUAGUGCAGCUAUCUCCUUGAGGCCACACGUACUCGGCAUACGUGCGAGCGGAGCAGGGGCUUCGGCCUGCUCGGUCAAGCUGAAAGGUUGCCGGGGUGAUCGCUAAGGGGGAGAGCGCUACGAAGCGCAGCAAAGAGAGGGGAGCGGCCAGCGCCUCAAGCAAGCCAAGUGAUGGGCGAUGUGGCCGACAUCCUCGGGCUUGGAGGUCCACCGGCGCCGUCCGGAAGGGCGUCACCCGUGCUAGGUGGUCCGUUGGGCCCCCUCCAAGAAAACAAACGGGGUAAGGGUGGAGCGGCUCCGAUCAAGAAGGCCGGCAAGCCCCAGGGUGUCAGCCGGGAGGUUUACGCCUUGCUAGGAUCGGAGGGGCUGCCGCCGGAGGGUCCGGUGUCAAACCCAUCGCUCGUGAGGGACGGCAGCCAGCAAGACCCGGCCUCGUCCAAACAGCCCUGCAGCAAGUGGAAAUGGGUCCCGUUUAGUUCUUCAGCACGGUCUGACGGCGCCACGUUCGAGCACUGGCAGAAAGAAUCGGACGAAAAGGACAGCGGGGACUACGCUUACGCGAGAUACAACGUCAAGGUAGACAUCGACAACCACCUGAGGUACUCCGACGAGGAGUACAAGCAACACCUCACGGAAGCCUCGUGGACAAAGCUGGAGACGGACCAUCUGGUGGCGAUGGCCCUGAAGUACGACCUCCGCUGGCCGGUGAUCAAGGACCGUUACAAGUGCACCCCAGACAGACCGGUGCAGGAGUUGCAGCAGCGGUUUUACGACGUCGCCAACAGAUUACAGGCGGUUCGGAGAACAGCGUCAAAUGGCGCGGGUGGAGGUUCGCUGUUGACCAUGCCCGGACUCACCGCCUUUAACGCCACCCACGAGGCAGAGCGGCGGCAGCAGCUGGAGGUCCAGUUCAACAAGACGAGGCAGAACGAAGAGGAGGAGGGCAAGCUGCGGGAGGAGCUCAAGUCCAUCGACCAGCAAAUCAAGAAGCUGCGGCAGAGCAGCAAGUCGUCCAGCAAGCAGGGUGACGAGAUUCAGGCACUGGCGGACGCAAGAAGGAGCAUCGGCCAUGCACCGCAGCCGGGUCAGCCGUACCUGCUGAGCUACCGGCUCUCGGAGAAGAGUCAAACGCCUUCGCAGCACAUCAGUAAAGGACUCCUCAAGAAGGUAUCGGCAUUGAUGAAGGAGCUGGCGGUGCCGGACAAGACCAAGUGCAUGGCCUCUAAGGCCGCCGUUGAUCUGCACGACCACCUCAAGCGAGACAUGAUGACCCUCUUCAGUCUCGAGAAGGUGCUGCAGAAGAAGGAGGGAGACGUGGCCAUGGCGAAGCAAUCACCGGAGUUCGCUGCUGGCGUAGCGUACGGGUCUCUCUCCUCAGGUAUUCCCCUGGCAGCGCGAGCGAACAGCGUCGGCGGUAGACCGGCCUUGGUCGGUGGACAAGCUGCACACGCGAGGUAG